AUGUCUCAGGUUGAUGAUGAUAUUGAGGAGAUCGAGGUUGAGAAAGGUUCACUGCCUUAUCUACAGGAUUUACCUAAUGAUGAUGCACAGAUGAUCGAUGUAAAGAUUGAAACGAGGAGAAUAGGUGAAGGUCAAGCUGAUGUUCCAAAACCUUCAAAGCAACACAAAAUAAGAGGAGACAACAAGUUGCAGCAGCCAAAGGCAUUUGUUUAUUCAGCAACUUGCCCAAUGCCUUCUCUGGUCAGCUCCUUCCUUCUUCAGUCGCAAUCAGCCACCUUUUACUCAUCAUUGCUGCUUCUCUUUAGUCUUCUUCUCCAGCGCCUUCUCACCAUUUGUAGCCACAAAUCUCCAUUUCUUCAUUCUUUAUUCUCCACAGCUCAAUUUGCAGUAGUUAGUCAGUUGCUACACCAUUGCUCACCUUCUACAGCAGCCAAUCCAUCACUUCAGCAGCAGCAUCAGUUGGUAAGUAACAGAGUUGUAGCUGCUGUUCUUCACAUAUUCUCCCUCUUUCUCUUCUUCCACUUGCAACAGCAACAACUUGUAGUGAUGGCAAAGCAAUUUCCGUCCAUGGGCAUCAAGAUUUCAGCUCGUGACUCCUCUUUGAUUGACAGCAGCAACAGCUACUGCAGCAGCAAUUUGGCAGCAGAGUAG